GUCGAUCAGUUUAGUUGUUCGCCCCCAGAAAACAUAAACAAUCGACGUUUUUCGCAGAGUUUUUGCAUAAAAAGUAAGGAAUAUCGCCAGAAAAGGUGAAGAUUUCUUCGUAAAUCAUGGCAGCAUCAUCCGUGGAAUUAAGUUCAUAUCGAGAUCAGCAUUUUAAGGGCUCUCGUACUGACCAAGAACGCCUUUUGAAGACCUCCACCACACUCUACGUCGGCAAUUUGUCCUUUUUCACAACUGAGGAACAAAUACAUGAACUUUUCUCACGCUGUGGCGAUAUAAGACGCAUUGUAAUGGGCCUGGACAAGUUCAAGAAGACACCUUGCGGAUUUUGUUUUGUGGAAUACUAUACGAGGAAUGAUGCAGAAAUGUCCAUGAGAUAUAUAAAUGGUACAAGGUUGGACGAUCGCUUAAUUCGUGUUGACUGGGAUGCAGGCUUUAUAGAAGGACGUCAAUAUGGGAGAGGAAAAUCUGGUGGGCAGGUGAGAGACGAAUACAGAACUGACUACGAUUCCGGACGAGGUGGCUACGGUAAGAUUCUGCAGCAGAAAGCCGUUCCGAACACAGAUAAUCUUUAAAGGCAAAUAUAGAAUUAAAACAACUUACAUA